CUCUCCCGAAGGCGUCAGUCUGUCCUUUUCUCAUCAUAAGACGGUGCAACAAUCGAUAUCGGGCGUCGCAUUCAUCUUAUGUGUGUGGUGGUGCAGAAACGGCUGGGCUGCCUUGCCUGAAAUCUGGUGUUCCUCCAAACGUGGCUGUCGUGAAGAAAUCUCGCUGGUUUCGGUUUCCCGAAGACCCGAGAGAGUCACCACAUCGAAUUCCUUCUCCUCGCUCGACUGACCACUGCUAUGCUGUCGACAACGUCUGGUCAGCAGACGGAUGCAGGUCCUCUUCCUCCACCUCCUGCGUAUAAGAUCACCCGGGGACAUUCGUGCAUCCUUUGUCAGCAGCGUAAAGUCAGAUGCGACCGACAGAAGCCUUGUGCAAAUUGCAUAAAAGCACGUGCAGAAUGUGUUCCGAGUGCACCUACGCUGCCACGAAGACGAAGGAGGAAGUUGGCGGAGACCGAUAUUGCCGGGAGGUUGAAGAGAGCAGAACAGUUGCUGAGGAGUCAUGGUGUCAAGAUCGAUGAUGAAGAAGCCGAUGAGGUGCAUGAGGAGAUGCCCUAUUCUGGCAGACCCGAACAAGAUCGGACUCUGGCUUUGGCGGGUCCCAGACGUCGUGAUCAUUCUCACGGAGCUCUGUUCAAAGACAAGGAGAACUCUCACUAUGUAGAAAGUACUCUAUGGGAGAAUUUGAGAGAUGAAAUUCAAGAUCCCAAAGACGCACUGCAAGGUUCAUCCGAUUCGGAUGAGACCAAUGAGACAGGACUCUAUCCUCACCCUGAAGCUCUGCUUGUUGGGUUUGGAUCCCAGUCGGCAGAUUUGAGUACACUGCACCCUCUAGCAGUCCAAAUCUUCAGGUUAUGGCAGACCUUUUUAGUUAAUGUCAAUCCAUUGGUAAAGAUGUUUCAUGCUCCUACCAUCCAGCAACUCAUACUGGAUGCAAGUGGAAAUCUUGAAAAUAUCCCCAGACAUACCGAAGCUUUGAUUAUGUUCGGAGCAUCGAGACCACAGCUUCUCGCAAAGUACUCUCAUGGUACACAACAAGCGCUCAUCAACGCCAGAUUUCUGAAGUCAUUGAACAUCUUGACUUUACAGUCGUUGGUACUAUACCUUCUCGGUGUUCGAAAAGCUUACGAUCCUCACUCUUUAUGGAUCCUUACUGGCGUUUGUGUUCGGAUCUCGCAACGUUUGGGUCUUCAUCGGGAUGGCUCAAAUCACAAAAUUUCUCCCUUCGAUGCAGAAAUCAGACGACGGACUUGGUGGCAGAUUGUUUUUCUUGAUGGACAUUCGUCGAAACUUGCUGGAGCUGGAUUCCCUGCUUGGCUUGCCAAAUUCGAUACCAAGAUUCCCCUCAAUAUCAGCGAUAGUGAUAUGAGUCCUACGAUGAAAGAGCCACCGAAGGAGAAGGAGGGAGCAACAGAAAUGCUAUUCUGUUGCUUGAGAUAUGAGACUGCGCAAGCUUUACGGUCAGCUCGAAAGAGCAAGGGUAAAGAUGGCGGUUGGCAUAUUGCUCCUGGACCAGAAGUGAUCCCAGAGAAAGACAAAGCAAUCGACGAGCUCGAGAUCCGAUUUGAGGAGAAGUUCAUCAGAUUCUGCGAUCCUUCCAUUCCUCUACAUCUUCUUGCUAUCUACAUUGCAAAAUCUGUCAUUUGCACGAUGCGCAUCAUGGCACAUCACCCUCGCCAGUAUCCCGACAAAGGAGCAAGCAUGCCCCAAAAAGAGAAAGACAUGCUCUUCUCCGAAAGUUUAAAAGAGCUAGAAUACGACUCCCUCGGCCACACCACCAAAUCCAUCCAAGGCUUCCUCUGGCACAUCACCUCACACUUCCAAUUCGACGCCUUCAUCUACAUAAUCAGCGAACUCCGCCACCGCACCGACGGCGACCUCGUCGACCGCGCCUGGCAACAGGUCAUCUUCUCCUACGAGCACCGUCCCGAGAUGAUAACCGACACCAAGAACGCACUCUACGUUGCCAUCGGCAACCUGACCCUGAAAGCCUGGCAGAAGCGCGAAGACACAGCAACAGGAACCUACCAAGUGCCUCCCCCGCGCUUCAUCUCUCAGCUGCGGGCCCAGAGGAAUAUCCCCGAUCCACCACUACCGCGGAAUGCCACGCCCCCGGAACGACAAGAUCACAUCGCGCGCCAGAAUCUCAUUACGACGUUCUCGAAUAACGUCCCGCAGAACAUGACGUAUAAUAAUACGGCGCCGGACGGCUGGAGCCAUGUGGAUUACGGGUUCGAUGUUAAUAUGAACAUGACGGAGAUCACGCCCGUGGACUGGGAAUACUGGCAGACGUUGAUGGAUGGGGAUUUGCCGCCUUAUACGGGCGGCGGAAGCGGCGGAGGUGGGGCUGAUAAUAAUGGGCAGUGGUUUUCGUGAGUGAGUGAUGGAUUGAUUGGGUGGAUGCGAGGUGAUGCAAGACCGAGUACGGAGGCGAGGCCAUUGGGCGAAUUUAGGAAGUUUAUGUACGCCAUCCGGGCGUGCGCAUGCGGGAACUGGGCAAUUAGAUGCCAAGGCUGGCACAUGGUGGUUAUAUUUGGGGGCUGUUAUG